AUGUACUCGGGAUGAUGCAGGUUCGGCAGGACUCUUUGUGGGGAUUCACUGUGGUGAGACGCAGCGGGGAAGCUCCACUGUCACUUCACAACAGCCUUUCUGUCUUUACUAAAGAUGCAGACCUGGGUUGUGAUCUGUUGGGCUGUCUUUGCCGUGGUUGGUGCAGAUGAGUGUCCAGAUGGAGGCAGGUGUGCAGAAGGUCAAACCUGCUGCAGCAGCCCAACAAACGGCUAUGGCUGCUGCCCGUUUGAUCAGGCUGAAUGCUGUGAGGAUCACAUCCACUGCUGUCCGUCAGACACGAUCUGCGACUCAGAGGCGUCCCGCUGUGUGAACGCCACUGUGUCCAUCCCAUGGACGGGAAGGACCUCCGCUCUCCAGCCCACAGUCUCUAAAUCCUUCAGGAUGAUCAAGUCCUACAUGGGUGAAGGCGACGAUAACAUCUGUCCCGAUCAGUCACGAUGCCCUGCUGAGUUUUCCUGCCUGAAGGCUUUGACAAAGUUUGGAUGCUGUCCGCUAGCGAAGGGAAUCUCCUGCUCUGAUGGGAAGCACUGCUGUCCUGAGGGCCACCACUGCAGCAUCGACAGCCGUUCCUGCAUCAAAAAAGAACUUGUGACAGCCAUCCGGUGUAGUGACGGCGUGUCCGAAUGCCCGGAUGAAACGACCUGCUGUGAGACUCCAGAAGGCAAAUGGGGUUGCUGUCCAAUGCCAAAGGCUGUGUGCUGCGAUGAUAAGAAACACUGCUGCCCUGAAGGGACAACAUGCAACAUUGAACAAAUGAAAUGCAUUUCCAUGUCUACCAAAAAGGAGCUGCCAAUGUGGGCUAAGUUCCCUGCCAGACAGAGAGCAGACUGGGAGAAUCAGAACGUGGGUGAAGAAAUUACUGCAAAGGCAGCCGAUGAGGAAGAAGCAGAGAAAUCCACUGAAGCUGCUACAGCCAAUCCACUUCCUCCUCUGGAGGAGGAAGUGACUGUGUCAUCUGUUACUAAGGCAGACGGAGUCAACAAUGUGCCAUGUGACGACACCACCGCCUGUCCUGAUGGCUCCACCUGCUGUAAAACCAAAGAGGGUGGCUGGGCUUGUUGUCAGAUGCCAGAGGCUGUUUGUUGUGAAGAUUUUACCCACUGCUGUCCAAAGGGUACGAAAUGUAACGUGACAGCAGGAACAUGUGAUGACGACCUUCUAUCCAUCCCCUGGUUUGAGAAGAAACCAGCGAUCUCCAGACCAGGUGUGGAGGUACAGGUGAAGAAUGUGCCAUGUGACGACACCACCGCCUGUCCUGAUGGCUCCACCUGCUGUAAAACCAAAGAGGGUGGCUGGGCUUGUUGUCAGAUGCCAGAGGCUGUUUGCUGUGAAGAUUUUACCCACUGCUGUCCAAAGGGUAAGAAAUGUAACGUGGCAGCAGGAAGAUGUGACGACGGCCUUCUCUCCAUCCCCUGGUUUGAGAAGAAACCAGCGAUCUCCAGACCAGGUGUGGAGGUACAGGUGAAGAAAGUGCCAUGUGACGACACCUCUGCCUGUCCUGAUGGCUACACCUGCUGUAAAACCAAAGAAGGUGCCUGGGCCUGUUGUCCUCUACCUAAGGCGGUCUGCUGUGACGACCAUGAGCACUGCUGCCCUGAAGGCACCACCUGUGACCCGACCAGCACCGGUUGUUUACAAGCUUCAGCCUCAACGCCCUUCAUGCUGCAGGUCGCUGCGUUCACCACUGCGGUGCCCACUACAACAACCCAAAGCUUGGCGACAACCCCAGCAGAGACCAAUGAAGAGGAUGAGCGACCCACACAAGAGGGAGAUGAAGAGGAGGAGAAGGAAGACGAGAGGACUCAGUGUGAUGAACACACCAGAUGCCCUCAGGACACAACCUGCUGCUUUAUGCAGUCGUGUAAGAAGUGGGGCUGCUGUCCACUGCCAAAGGCCGUGUGUUGCGCCGACGGCAGCCAUUGUUGCCCGGAAAACUACAAAUGUAACGAGGACAAGACCACGUGCAUCAAAGGGGAAGUGGAGAUCCCAUGGUACACCAAACUCCCCGCCAUUACGAGCGUCCAGGUUGAUCUUAACAACGUCCAGUGCGACGACGACCACCAGUGUCCUGAACGCACCUCCUGCUGCAAGCUGUUCACCGGCGAGUGGGGCUGCUGCCCGCUGCAAAAUGCGGUGUGCUGCUCAGAUAAGGAGCACUGCUGCCCAGAGGGCUACACCUGCGACGUCGUCUCCAACAGCUGCCAGAAGCUCAUCCUGCUGCAGCUGGAGAAGCUCCCGCUCAUACCGGUGUUCCUGCCGGAGUACCGUCUUGAGCUCGCGCCGCUGAAGCCCAGAGUCGUACAGUGUGACGAGCAGAAAAGCUGCCCGGAUGACAACACCUGCUGCAGGACGUCUGCCACCACCUGGGGCUGCUGCCCGGCUCCUCAUGCGGUGUGCUGCAGCGACAUGAAGCACUGCUGUCCCGCCGGCUACACCUGCACAGACGAAGGCUCCUGCGUCCAGAACGCCGGACUCAACUGGCAGACAUGGAACAUGUUCUCCACCAACAAGAAGAGAGCUCUAAUUCUAUGAAAACGUGCUGAAAUUAAUUCCUACAUGAAGAAAAUAAAUAUAAAAUACAAUUAA